AUGAUUGUGGAUGCUAUGCUGUGGGCAACGAACAAGAUGGAUGAAUCUUUAAUAAAUCCUGUGGCCACGCACUUGGCUGGGUCGGUCGUCAAUCCAGCUGUACUGAGCUUCUUGCUAUGGGAUCGUCUCAAAAAUCUUACUCCACAACGCGCACGUGAUCUGUCUCGGUUGGUGGCUUCAGCAAUCGCCAAUGCAUUAGGAGUGCUUAGCGCCCAGCGUGGCCAGCAGCUGAGAUCAAAUACCAAGCGACUGCGAGAUGAGUUUGUACAAGCCGCCAGCUCUUGCAUCGGUCGUGAUGUUGUGCUCAAUAGUUGCGCAAUGGCAGCUAAGGUAGCGCAGGCGGUUAGUACGCCAGAAUCGAAGGCAGCUACACAGCAAGCGUUUUUAACACUACAGUCUGUAGUGGACUUUUUCGCUAGCGAUGAUGGCCAUCGUAUAGUCUCAAGUAUCAGCGAGUGUAUUUGCAGUGCUUGCGAAAUGGCGGCGUCACCUGAAGCUUCCAUCUUUCUGGCGGAGUUAGCCACAAACCUACUGCAUACUCUUGAAAGCGAAGAACUACGGCGUUCAAACUCGCAGCAAAAAGAAAAAACUGUGAAGGUGAAUGAUCGUAAUUAUAAAGAUGACAUCAAGAAUGACCGAAAGAUGGAUGAAAAACACGCGUACACCUAUGACAGUAGCUACCGCUCGGCUCGAAUUGAGAAAGAGGUACUGCUUAAGAUGGGCGUUGACUCGAGUAUGCUUGUUGAGAUCCAGCGUGUUCUUGAUGUUCUUGCUGCGGAGGAGGAAGAGAAAGAGUUGCGUCGGCGUGAAGAAGCCGCAUACGUCGCAAGUUUGCUUGUACCAAAGCCGACCGAGGAAACGGCAGUGAAACUCGAUCAUGACGUACAGUGCCCAACGCCUAUUCUUCCUGUUUGGCACAAAGAACCCGUGCGAGAGGCACUUCGUCGUCGCCACAUUCAUGCUGAAGCCUUAUCAGAGCAACGUGACCCUGCUGAGCGACAAGCUUACGAAAUGGCAGCAGUGCUGGCUCAACGCCACAUCAAGCAUGGUGAAUUGCAACCUGCCGAUGUUGCAGCCUGUCGAGUCAUUGCCAAAAUGCUCGUUUACAGUGUGGCGUCGAUCCUGCUUCUGAUGGGCUUUCUGCUCAUACGCAAGCUGUUUAUGUGA